CAGUGAACACUUCCUAAAUCAUAAGAUACGGCUAGCGGUUAGCACUUCGAAAAAAUUGAAACCUCGAGAACGCUCUUUCUUCCCUCCGUUGCUGCUUGCCGGAGGACGCUUUCUGCAAAGUCUGUCUCUUCUUUCAGAUGAAGUAAAUAAUAAUGGGGGUGAAGAACUUGUGGGAUAUCUUGGAAUCGUGCAAGAAAACUCUGCCACUCCAUCAUCUUCAGAACAAGAGGGUGUGCGUAGAUCUGUCGUGCUGGAUGGUUCAGCUUGAAAGGGUGAACAAAUCACAUUGUGCUCUCAAAGAGAAGCUCUAUCUCAAGGGUCUCUUUCAUCGCAUUAGAGCGCUCAUUGCUUUGAAUUGUAGCCUCAUCUUUGUUACCGAUGGUUCGAUUCCAGCAAUCAAAUUGGCCACUUACAGGCGCCGCUUGAAUUCUGGAACUGAGGCUGCUCAAGAUGAGAUUGGUUCACAAAAUGCAUGCUCACUUCGCAGAAAUGCAGGUUCGGAGUUCUCUCGCAUGAUAAAGGAAGCAAAGUUGCUGGGAUCAGCCCUUGGGAUCCCUUGCUUAGACAGCGUCGAGGAAGCUGAAGCACAGUGUGCAGUAUUAAAUGCAGAAUCUCAGUGUGAUGGAUGCUUCAGUUCAGAUUCAGAUAUUUUCCUUUUUGGUGCAAGAACUGUGUACAGAGACAUAUCCCUUGGGGAUAGUGGUCACGUCGUGUGCUAUGAAAUGGCCGACAUAGAAACAAAACUUGGGUAUGGUAGGAACUCGUUGAUUACAUUGGCCCUUCUUCUUGGAGGGGAUUACUCCAGUGGAGUUUACGGGCUGGGACCAAAUGGGGCAACAACAACAAUGCACCUAAUUUCCUAUUAUAUGCAGGAGUCAGCUUGCCAAAUUGUGAAAACAGUUGGAGACGCCAGCAUCCUUCAGAAAAUAGCAUCUGAACGGCUCUCCCUUGCUAGGAAGAAGAAGACUUCAAAGAAACAUGACUCUGCAUCUCUUAAUGACAACCAGUUGGAACCUGAAGCUCCUGUUGACUCAGAAAGGCAAAAGGAAUUCUUGCAAGUAAUCAAUGCAUAUCUCAAGCCCAAGUGUCACUCCAUCGAUUCAGAAGCAGUCUACAGGGUUCUUGGCCAGUACCCAUUUCAACCUGCAAAGUUGCAGCAGAUUUGUGCCGACUUCUUUGAUUGGCCUCCUGAGAAAACAGAUGAAUACAUCCUCCCAAAAGUAGCCGAGAGGGAACUAAGGAGAUUCGCGAACUUACGUUCCACUUCAUCACAGCUAGGAGUUGCGCCUUCUCUAAACAGGAUGCCAAUCAAAUGCCCUGUUGCUGAGAUCAUCAAACCUAGAAAAGUCCAGGGAAGAGAUUGCUUCGAGGUCUUGUGGGAAGCUUUCAAUGGGCUUAAGACCUCCAUAGUUCCAGCAGAUCUCAUACAAAAUGCUUGUCCAGAAAAGAUUGUGGAGUUUGAGGAGAACAAAGCUCUAGCGAAGAAACAAAUUCAGCGAAAAGCAAGAACUAAGAAGCCACAGAAGGGGCAUGCUGCUGCAGAACUCGACUUGAAGCUCCAAAAUCUACUGCUUGAAAUUGAUUCAGGAAAUGGAAGCAACAGCGCUCCUCAUGAAGAUGCCAAGAAAUGUGAUGGGAUGGUCGGUUACUCAGAAGCUCGGCAUGAUGAAGAAGCAGGUUCAGAGAGUUGUGACAUGUCAAUUUCACCUCUUCAAAGUGAUAAAACUACAACAGAGUUCAUGUUGAUUUCGCCUCUCCAAAGUAAUAGCACUAGCACGGAGUUCAUUGAUCUUCUGACGCCUGCCCCACUCCCUAGUAGUCGCGUAUUUCCAACGUGUCAAAAUGAGAAUGCUGAACCCAUAGUAAUCCCGGUGAUAGACUUGAGCGACUCGGAAACCGAGAGGUCAACAGAGCAUUUGAGAAGAGCCAGAGACCUUAGAUUGUUCAUAGCUAGCAUUAAGGAUUGACAAUUUCUAGUCAACUAUGCACUUACAAUGGUAUGUUGUAAGUUACUGAGAUCCCCCAAAGAAAAAGGUGAAUGAACGUCUGUUGAUUAAUGAUCACCAUACAUGCGUAUGAAAGCUUUUUGUACAUGCAGAUUCCUUCAC